AAUUAACUGAAGAUAUUCUGAAUGAUACAACAAUCAGCAGACAAUUUUAGUCAGUCGUUGACGUUUGAAAGGAAACGAACGUCAAGCAUAAACAUGGGCCGUUCUAGUUCGAAAUUUUCGGAGAAACCAAGUAAUCCUUUGCAAGAAUUGCAAUAUCAAGAAAUGCGUAGAGAACGUACCCGUUUACAGCAGGAGCACGAGAAGACACAAAUUGCUCGUCUUCAAAAGAAACAAGCGAAAAAGUGCCGCAAACGAAAUCAACAACAACGAAAGCCACGCAAAUAUAGUUCGACUAUAUCUGAGAAACGAAAUAGCUUACGAAAGUGUAACGAUUUAACAAAAAUCAAUUCCAAUACCAACGAUGACAACAGUGCUACAUACAAAAGUUUAAAUAAACAAAACGGAAAUAUUCACGAUAUCAAUAAUCGUCAAAUUGAAAUCAAACUGCAAAACCAAUUAAAUGAUGAUUUAUGUACGUUCCUCCUAAACCAAAUAGCAUACACGAUGCAAUUUUGUAAAAAUUAUGAAAGGUAAAAUGCUGCAAAGUUUCCAUUGAAUUGCAUGUAAUUAUCAAACCGGAAGACGGAUAUUAAGAAUAAUGAAUAUUUUUACCGCUGACGGGAUCUAUUGUUAUAAACUUUUCCCAGUAAACAAUAUUG